CUCCAGAUAAGCAUGAAUAACAACAACAGCCACGGCAAAGUCGGAAUUUCACUCGUCUUACUUUGCCUCGGUUCCGUCAGAGAGACAAGUCAAACACCAGAAACAUGGCGUCCGAGGCUGACAGCGGCUCCUUGCCCUCGGAACGCCCCUACCGCUCCCACCUUCGCCCAGCUUGCCUGGCCUGCCGGAAGCGCAAGUCACGGUGUAACGUCGACAAGAAUGGAGGAACCUGUCUGACUUGCCGAGCUCACGGAACACAAUGCGAGUUCCCGCCGGCUCCCGGUGGAGCCUCGCCGCGGCCGAAGUCUGCUUGGAGAAGCGCGCAAACCAGCAGGUCAAAGGACCUGGGCCACCGCCCGUCCCCGUCGCAACAGCCUCCGGCUCAGACGUUCUCCUCGGAGCUGCAGUACAACGACCAGACGAACCAGCUGCCGUUGGCCGAGGCAGGCCGGCGUGUUUCAAAAUCCUCUGAUGGCCAUCCUCCCAUAUUCUCUCCCCAGGAAAAACGGUACCCGGAACCCAUCGGCGAUGGGGGAGAGGAUGAGGCUCAUAUUGUGGGACCAGCUGACAUUGAGGACACCCAAGUUUUGUCAACUUACCUAUCUAAUGACUCUUCUGUUUUGAAUCGAAGUAGGAUCUCGGUGACGAGCCCGCGGCAGGAGCAUAGAGGUGGCACACGGAAACCGGUUGUCUUUACCACCGUGAGGAAGCAGCCCAUUGGUCUUCCUGACGACCGUAACCCAGCAUUCUUGAAGUGCCAGAUGAUUGAGAAGCUGCUCGAGCCCAUGCUUCCCGAUGUUGUUGAGCUGUUCUUUGAAAAGCCUAAUCGAUGUUUCCCCUUGUUGGAUAGACAGUCCUUUGAGAAACGGUUCGUCGAAGACAGGAGGCACAUCUCCCCCGCCUUAUUGUCCUCGCUCUACGCGCAUACGAUGACCUACUGGGCACAAUCCCCCAACCUCGUCACCCAACACCGCCCCGACACAAGGUUCAUCUGGAACCAGGCCAAUGAUGCUCUGUAUUCUGAGAUCCACCUGUCGCCAGGCAUCUCGACCUUGCUCGCCAUCCUGCUGAACAUCUCCGGCCGGCCAUUGACUUCGAUCAUCGGAAACGGCCUUCAACUUGGCUCCGCUAUUUCUCUCGCUCACUCGCUCGGCCUGAACCGAGACUCUUCUGAUUGGGAUAUCCCAGAGGCCGAAAAACUAUUGAGAACAAAGAUAUGGUGGGCCAUCUUUGUGUAUGACAAGUGGUCGAGUCUGGCGUAUGGCACGCCUCCGCAGCUAAGGAGCGGCCAGCACGACGUUUCCCUUCCCACAGUAGAGCAGCUCUGCGGCUCGGUACCGAACCCAGUUGACUACGAGGCAACGUCUGUGUACUUGGCAUUUGUCGCCCUGGCCCGCUUCCUCGACAGAUACCUAGAGCGGAUCUACGAUCUCGAAAAGACCUCAACCACCGGUCCAUGGGAUCUGGAAGUCCUACUGACGCAGUGGGAGGACUCACUUGACAACAACAUACGGCGAAGGAUCAUCCGCGGAGGCGAGAGUCUCGACAUACCAGGCUCAGCGAACCUACGUCUUGCGUAUCUCUACAUCAGACUGUUGCUUCGCAAGUGGGAGUUGGACGCCGAGAAAGCAGCCAGCGCCGACCACACGUCCUCGAUUCCCAUGCGCUGCUAUCUUGAAGUUCGACGCGCUGCCGAGGAGAUUGUCCUUCUGGUUCAAGAGCUCAAGGACCCCCAGCUUGGCGACUACUGGCUCCCCCUUCUCACCUUCGCAUUCACGUCCACCACCAAGUUCCUUCUUCGCUGCGCUCUGGAGACGGAGAAUACCGUCAGCGGUCUGGCGCAGAGUAUGUCGCUGAAGCUAGCACGCGACCUCAUCAAUGCGCUUCAGGUCCAUCGCCAAAAGGCCUGGGACGUGGGAGACUUGUGUAUCGCACAGUAUUCCGAGGUCAUUGAGAAGCUUGCCACGUCCAGCUCGAGCGCCGAAUUUUCCGAGCAGCCCGUGGACAUGCCCGAGCUUCAGGAGUACGUGUCGACGAGCGUGCCCGAUAUUGAUGAGCUUUUUCCUAGUCUAUGGGACAUGUUCGGCACUACGUGAGGUGAUGUUCAACAGAUGCUUGGUGUGCUGCCGGUUCCCGGCCGGGUUUAAGACGGACGGACUGCUCCGACGGACUACUCCGUCUACAACUUCACAC